CUUCCAUCUUGACACCAAGAAGAGAGGGAAAGGAAAGGAAGGGAAAGGAAAGGAAAAGAGGAAAAUCACCACCAAAAGUACGGGAAACAUAAUCAUCUCCUUGUCAAUAUCUUCCACCGCCGCCAUGAUGCACCACCGCCGCCUACCGUCCCACCACCGCAAUCACAAGACAUCUCUUCGUCGCCGCCUCGCCAAGAAUCCCGAGCUCGCCCACAAGCUAAACCAGAUGGCCCUGCCCCUGUCUCCUCUUGUCCAGCUCACUACCGGUGCCAUCCACCCUCAUUUCCCGCGCACUGUGCUUCAGUUCUGGCUCCUCACCGAUGCUCAGCUCGAAUCCCUUGCUCAGUUCUACCACCAGCGCACUCCAUCACCUUGGUCUAGGCAGUACCCCUGCCCCGUCAACUGGCGUUCCGAUGCACCACUUGAAGAGAAGCGCCGCAAGAUGGGCAGGUUCAUCGGCCUAAGGGGCUGCGAGAACCCAACGGCUGUUCUCAAGACCGAAGAGCAGAUUGCAAGAGACGCCAGACUCGCCAGCAGGAAUGCGGCUGAUGAGGAUGUGUGGAGACGGAAGAUGAACCCCUUCUCUCAAUUGUGAUGGGCAGAUCGGUUCAUUUCCCUUUUCGUUUCAUUGGCACAGCAUUGUUUUAUUAUUAUCAAUUGUCAUCACGGAUCUAGAAUCGGCAUCCUCCUUGGUGAAGGAUGACUUCUGGCUCUGGGGCUUAGAAAGGAUUUAUGGCGUUUUGUUUUGUUUUAUUUUUGGGUUUCCAGCCAUUGGAUUGGGAUGGUUCCUUUGAAACGGCUACUACUUGCAUUUUAGAUUGGCAACUUGACACUGCCAUUCCCGCCAGGGACUUUCGUACAUACUCUGUAUACACUUGUGUUUAACUACAGGUCGUGAGAGUCGGGAGGGCUUAUAAGAACAUCAUACACGGAGCAUCGGCGGGAGAGGUGGAUUAACGGAAGGCCUGUGUAGGGAACAUUAACAGCAAUGACUCGAUACGAUUUGAACAUACUAGUUUGUCAUUUAUACCAAGAAAAUAAAGACAAAUUUAAUUAACCUUUCGUCUUCCUCAUUUUAUGGGGAGCGUGACUUGGUAGAAACUACACAACCUACCUAGGCGUCAUAUGUGAGGCGAAGAUUGGCAGCUGGCAAUCAAGACAGAAGAUAUCAACUACCUAUCUACCCACCUAGGCCUAUGUAUAUCGAGUGUCUAGGUAGCUACACUGCCUUGUUAAUUUAUAUACAUGUAUCUAGACAAGACUACAGAAAGAGUAGUGAUAGCAGUACGCCACGAAGACAACAAAAAAGCAGCGACAAGCACAAAGGACGGAGAUGUUGAAUGGUCACGUAGUUCCACCUGUAUUUAUCGAGCUCAUCCGUUUGCUUAAGCAGCUUGCUCCUUUUAUACCGAAUCCGUAAAGUUCACCAAGAUACUGAAGACCUCUGAUGGAAAGAGAAGAAGGC